AUGCAGUUUGUGUCUGAUCUGGGACUGGAACUGUCAGUUUUUGUGUGUCACCUCUACGCGAAGUACAGCGAGGAACCUCUGAAAGCAUUUCACGAGUUAGUUUUGCGUACCCGCAGCAGCUGUUGUGGCAGUGAUGACUCUUCCAAUUACCUCAGUUUGGCGACAUUGAGCGGUACCCAGUGGUACCAAGAUAUGACCAAACGCUAUGCUUCGCUGAGGCAGCGUUUGCGUGGGGAACGCGAUAAUGACGUGCAGGAGGCCCGUGAGGUGACACUCAGUUUGUAUCCACAAGGUUGCAGGGUUAGCGAGUAUGCAGAUGCUAUCGUCACGAGUGCCGCCAUGCUAACUAGCAACAUCCCGAGCACUGUUCUGGAACGGUUUGCAUCUUGUCGAGUGAAGGACCUUAACGAGAAGGGCUGCGUUUCCAUUAGUGCCGAUGAGCUAGCUAGUGACCUUAUUGAACGACCUGUGCUCGACUCUUUUACCCCUUCACGAUGGUGGGAAAGCGACAAAACCGCCCCGUCAAGUUCUUUGAAGGAUGGACUUGUUGCCGUGAAAAGUAUUGGUCUGCGCGUUCAGCCGGUGGAGAUUCUUAUAUUUUACACGUAUAAUGGGAGGCCGCGUCGCCGAUUCAUUCCACUUGAUGGCCUGCUCCAUGAGAAUUCCCCAAUAGCACCGUUGCUCAGGCGCUUGGUCCGCUCGCAUGGGAUGCUGGUUAGCGAAUCCCAAUUACGUUCAUACCUUCAGCGCCUACAAGAGUUGAUGCGGAAGAGUGUGGAGAGUCACGCCAGCACGGUUAAACCAGAGGGUCCUCUUCAACCUCAGUUUGACUGGAAGCAGCAGAUUGGAUAUUCAGACAACGCGCCCGCUGCACACAACACUGGUGAGGAAGAGCAGCAUAUGACUUCGGCAAAAACUGGAGAGCCGGAGGUAAAUAAGGCUGAUGUUGGCCUUCUUUACCGCGAUCCAGAGGCGGCCUUGAAGAAUGUAGACCUUAAUGAUGCUGACGAUAUCACCCUUCAGGAGUUCAAAGCAAAAAUGAACGAGGGCUUCAUGCAGAAUGCCCUUCGGCCCGGUGACCCGGGGUAUGUCUACGACAAGAGGCUCGACGUGAACCCAACGGAGCGCAGUGAGUGGGACGACUCGGACUAG